CGCCGCCAGAGUUUAGCGAACGGUCGCCGUUGCGGCGGGAGGGGGGGCUGCGUUCGCUUCCCGAGGCGGCUGAGGUCCGCGGAUGGUGCGGAGAAGCCGCCUUAACGAGGGCCCUCCUCCUCACGCCGUGCCGGGCCUUCUCCGCCCCACCGGCGAGCCGCUUACCUGACUCGGCCCAAGAGCAAGAUGGCUCACAGCCAGACUAAGAAACGCAGGAGGAGUCGAAGUGAUUCCCGGAGUCGAAGUGAUUCCCGGAGCCGACGAGACAAGGAGGAAGAUAAGAAAAGGAGGAAGAGUAGCAAAGAUUCCCGAGAGAGGAAGAGCCGAUCCCCGGCAAGCAAAAAAGAAUCUGAACCCCAGGAAUUCAGGAUGAGUUUAUCCUCUUCCAAAGACGUGAAAAAGAAGAAGAAAACGAAGAAGAAAAGGAAGAGGAAGGACAGCAGCUCCUCUUCCUCCGAGACCAGCUCUUCUUCCUUCUCCUCUUCCAAAUCGGCCUCCUCUUCCAGCGCCUCUUCGGACGGGUCCGGCGACAACAAGCCCAAAUCCGAAAAGAAAAAGCAGAGGAGGAAGAAAGCAUCCAAAGGGAAAGAUAAGAAGCGGAGAAAACGAAAAGAGAAAAAGAAGAAGAAGAAAGCCAAGAAGGAAAAGGGAAAAGAGGAGGGACCUAAGAAGGAGGAGGCCCCCGGCCCUUCGCUGGACCAGUGGCAGAAGGAGGCUGGGUCGGAUUCUGGACCUGCCCUCACGGACGAGCAGAAAUUCCGCAUCCAGGCCAUGAAGCCGAUGACGAAAGAGGAAUGGGACGCCCGCCAGAGCGUUAUACGGAAAGUCCUCGACCCCGAAACAGGCCGAAUGAGACUUAUUAAGGGCGACGGAGAGAUCUUGGAGGAGAUUGUCACGAAAGACCGGCAUAAAGAAAUAAACAAGCAAGCUAAUCGGGGCGAUGGACUUUCGUUCCAGAUGAAAAUGGGGAUGUUGCAGUAACGGAGCAGACCCCGAAAUGGCAAAGAUGAUCCGGUGGCUGUUUGCAAAAGGUUUUGCCCCAACGAGGCAUGUCCAGGUGCCAGAAGGCAGGCCCAGGCCACGCUGCCCAAGCCUUUGCGGGGGGGGGGCUCUCCCCCUCCCUUUCUGCCCCAAGGGCUCCUUGAUUUCCCCAGGGGCCGGUCUCUUCAGCUUCUCAUCCAGCUGAGGUUAGGGAAUGUAAUUCCACCAGGUUCUCCUUGUGGGGUGCAGGGGGGGAAAGAGAGAGAGAGAGAGGAUGCAGGAGAAAAGAAAAGAAAAGAACCCCUAACAAAUUCAGGGCUGUUUUUGAUGGGGGCGCUUCCCAAGGGAUUUCUUGCAGCUAGAGAGGCCGCUGAUCUCCCUCGUCCGUAAUUUUGAGGAUCUGGGAGGGAAGUCGAGCAAAGGAGCAACUCCCCGUCACGCUGAGAAAAAAAAUGCCCAGCCUUGCCAAGCGAUGCAAAACCCUCCCAUCAGAGCCUGGGCUACCGCAACGGCUCCAUACCAGCAAGGAGAAUGACUCAUCCUCCCCCUGGUCUGGCUGCCGGAGGAGGAGAGAGCUCAGGCCUACGGGGUCUCCUUCAAUCCACCUGGCAUUGCGCCACUCCCCUUCCCCUCUCCCUAACCCCCCCACCCCCAGCAAGGAGGCCCAAGAGCUUCAGGGGAACCUGGAAUGAGACCACCUGGCCCAAUUCUCCGGCUGCCUCAGUUCCUCUCCUUCCAGGCACAGGUGAUUCACCUCGCCUUUGAAGGGUACAGUGGCUUCCCGGCCAGUCGGGGGAAGAUUAAAGAGCCGUUUAGGGGUUUCCAGAUGGGCCGAUUCUUGAUUUUGGGCUACGGGAGAAGGUUGGUUGGACCCCAACGAAUGCCUGGAAGGUUGCCAGCUGCUCAGUCCCGGUGUGGGAUUUGAUUUCAGCUUCUGCUAGUGAGAAAGGCAAAAGAUGGCGUUGUAAGCUCGCAAGAAGAGGCCUGGCAAAACCUACCGUCUCUGCCUGGGCUGUUCGUUUAAUUCUGCAUUAGUUGCUGCGGGUUUUAAUUUUAAAUUCUCUCCUUCUCCUUCCAUCCUUCUCCUCUUUCUCUUCUUCCCAUGCUCCUCCUCCUUUUCCUUCCAUCCUUUUCCUUCCACCCUUCUUUCUCCUCUUCCUUUCAUUCUUUUCUUCCUUUUCUUCUUCUCUUCCUUCCAUCGUCUUCUUUCCUGCUAUUCUUAUCCUUUCUCCUUCUCUUCCUUUCCUUCUUCUCCUUCCAUCUUUCUCCUUUUCUUCUUUUCUCUUUCCUUCUUUUUUGUCUUCCACCCUCCUUUUCCUGCUCUUUCUCUCCUUCCAUCCAUCUCCUCCUCCUCUUCUGGCCAGAGAGCAUUCACAGUCAAUCAUUCAUUCUCGGAUAGCCACUUUGUGCAAUUUGCACAUAACCUUCCUUAACGGGCAAGAGAUUCCCCCCUUCUUUCCAAUCCCUCCCGCUUUCAAUCUUGCCUGGCCUGUUCACCCUACCGGUACAAAACUGGGUUACGCACAGGCCCAGCGGAACUAUGCACCGGCCAAUUCGUAGCCUCCUCUGGCAAUCAAACAGUUGCUCAGCUACCUUGUGUAAACUCUGUUCCCCACUGCAAGCAGUUAAUUAUUAAUCCGUUCUUGGAACAGGCCACGCAAUUCACCCCAGAGGGAAAUCAAACAGACGCAUGCGAGAGAAAAUACGGUAGCCGGCAUGUGUUUAAAAUUCUGCAGGGCAUCCCAUCCUGCAGAGGAAAUCGUGCUGGUUUCCAAAGCACCACUAAAGGCAGAUUUAAUAUUCUUCCUUUGAAAUUCGCCAAAUGAAACUGUUCUUAUUUAAUUUUUUUUUUUUUUUUGGUUAAUUUGGCUGGAUUGUAUGUACCCUUUGCAUGUGUCGUUCUCUUUUUCAAAACUGCAAGCUCUUAAAAAGAAGAAUCCAGACGGUCCAAGGCAAUCAAUAUUGUGCCACCUGUCCAACUGGGAAAUGCUUGUACAGGGUGCUGAUGUAGCUAAUUGAACUAAUUAAAGCAGUCUUCUGAACCAC